AUGAAGGCUCCUCCACUCAUGUUGAUAAAAAGGAUCUUACUGUACAUCCUUCUAGUAAUGCUGGCUGAGAGCAACCAUCAAGUUUACGGAUUUGAUGCCACCAAUUGUGCAGUUGAAAUUCAAGUUAAAAGACACUCCCAGUACAAAAUUUAUGUCGGGAACUCUUUGACUAUAAGCUGCCCGGUUCGUUACUGCAAGGAAAAGCCAGUCAUGCAGUGGUGCAAGAUGCAGGUGGAGAGGUGUGUGCAGCUGGAGGUGGGCAAAGCAGAAUGGAAGUCCAACGUGUUUACUCUGGAGGUUCUCUCAAUUCAUCAGAAUGACAGUGGACUUUAUCGUUGUCGAGCAACAGCGAACAAUUUGUCCAGUGAGAGCCAUGGAAUACAGGUUAUUGUUGAAGAAAAGUCUGCAAACUUUAUCACAAUUUCACCAGAAAAUACCACUAGCAUCUCGGAAGAAUCCCAAGGAUCUGGAAACUACAAGAUAUUGCACAUUAUUUAUGCUUCAGCAUCCGUGGGUCUAUGUUGUCCAUUCAUUGUUGUAUGCAUGUUUUGGUGUCUAAGGAGGUACCAUGCAAAGCAAAAGAGAACUCCAUUAACCCAACAGAGAAAAGAAAGCCUGGUCAGAAGUCCAGCAGCUGCUGGGACAACUGAAGCUUCAGAAGAAAGCUGCUCACCUUACUAUUGCUCCAUGGCUAGCCCAAUGCAGGCCUUGCACAGCAACACAGUUUAUGACAACGCUGUCCCUCCCUGGAACGCUCAGAGGACAGCGCCUAACGCACCUCGCAAUGAUCCUGUUAUUCCUUCCAUCCCAGUUUUACUUGAAAGCCCAGACGUCCUCACAUAUGCUGCACUAGAUCAUUCUGCUUCUGCAGAAAGAUGCCAGAGAAGGGCACUAACUGUAGAAAACGAUUUUACAGAAUAUGCCUCCAUUAAUGUAAAUAAAUAA